UUUUGUUUGUCUUACGCAUCCUGUUGUAUUAACAAGAAAGAGGAAUUAAGGGAUCCAAACACUUGAAGUCCUAAACCGAGGCAGAUGGGGACGGAACUGAAGAUGAGUUGCACUUUGCAGAUCGACAACUUCUCGGACAGGAAAGAGACGGUGAUGUCGAAGUCCUUCUCAUGCGGCGGCUGCGAAUGGUGUAUUAUUGUUGAUACCAAGCGAUACCCUGGUAAUGAUAACUUGUCUCUGCUUCUGAGCGUACCUAAUCCUGAAUCAUUGAGACGUGGAUGGAAAAGGAGAGCUAGAUAUUUCUUCGUUAUUUUGAAUCAUUCCGGCAAAGAACUCUACAGAUCAUAUUACGACGGCAGAUCCCGCUUGUUCUGCGCUGAGGCCCGACACUGGGGUUUCGAGGGUGUGUUGCCUCCUACCGAGCUUCUAGAUCUCGAGAACAACAAAAUAACCAUUCAAGUCUUUGUUGAAGUAGACGAAGCUGUUCAUCAAGGACAAUCAACUGAGAAUGAACUAUUAGAAUACCAUGGUGUCCAGGUCCUUGCUUCUCAAGCUCAUUCAGCGUUCCUGGUUCGAGGGCAGCACCCAGGCUUUGAUGUAGAUUUCGCUCCAAAGUACCCAGAGCUGAGGGCAGUAUACUUCACUCUCUUGGUCUCCCUAAUCGAGACACUGAUGAGCAAGUCUCCACAAAGCUUGUCUCUGGCUGAACUAACCAAUGCUCAAUCCCAAUUGACCGAGCUGACGAAGGCAGGCUUCAAGCUAGACUUCUUGGAGUCAAAGCUCGAGGAACUUUUCUUGGAUAGGAAGAAAGUAGCUGUCCAACACUGAGGAACGGGUCAAGAAUGUGGAACUGACUUUAGAGAAGAUCAAAUAUGCGGCUGAUGCUAGAGUUUCUUCG